AUGGUAUGGGGAGUAGGUAAUAGUUGCGGUAAUAGUUGCAGUACUGAUGGCGGUAGUAGUACUGACGGCGGCGGCAGUUGUGGUAACGACGGCGGCGGCAGUUGUGGUAACGACGGCGGCGGCAGUUGUGGUAACGACGACGGCAGUUGUGGUAACGACGACGGCAGUUGUGGUAACGACGACGGCAGUUGUGGUAACGACGACGGCAGUUGUGGUAACGACGACGGCAGUUGUGGUAACGACGACGGCAGUUGUGGUAACGACGGCGGCGGCAGUUGUGGUAACGACGGCGGCGGCAGUUGUGGUAACGACGGCGGCGGCAGUUGUGGUAACGACGGCGGCGGCAGUUGUGGUAACGACGGCGGCGGCAGUUGUGGUAACGACGGCGGCGGCAGUUGUGGUAACGACGGCGGCGGCAGUUGUGGUAACGACGGCGGCGGCAGUUGUGGUAACGACGGCGGCGGCAGUUGUGGUAACGACGGCGGCGGCAGUUGUGGUAACGACGGCGGCGGCAGUUGUGGUAACGACGGCGGCGGCAGUUGUGGUAACGACGGCGGCGGCAGUUGUGGUAACGACGGCGGCGGCAGUUGUGGUAACGACGGCGGCGGCAGUUGUGGUAACGACGGCGGCGGCAGUUGUGGUAACGACGGCGGCGGCAGUUGUGGUAACGACGACGGCAGUUGUGGUAACGACGACGGCAGUUGUGGUAACGACGACGGCAGUUGUGGUAACGACGACGGCAGUUGUGGUAACGACGACGGCAGUUGUGGUAACGACGACGGCAGUUGUGGUAACGACGACGGCAGUUGUGGUAACGACGGCGGCAGUUGUGGUAACGACGGCGGCAGUUGUGGUAACGACGGCGGCAGUUGUGGUAACGACGACGGCAGUUGUAGUAACGACGACGGCAGUUGUAGUAACGACGACGGCAGUUGUAGUAACGACGACGGCAGUUGUAGUAACGACGACGGCAGUUGUAGUAACGACGACGGCAGUUGUAGUAACGACGACGGCAGUUGUAGUAACGACGACGGCAGUUGUAGUAACGACGACGGCAGUUGUAGUAACGACGACGGCAGUUGUAGUAACGACGACGGUAGUUGUAGUAACGACGACGGUAGUUGUAGUAACGACGACGGUAGUUGUAGUAACGACGACGGUAGUUGUGGUAACGACGACGGUAGUUGUG